AUGGCCAAAGAGCGCUCUGCCAUUGCCUUCAUAGGGCUGGGGGUCAUGGGCUAUCCCAUGGCCAUCAAUCUGCGUCGCAAGCUGGACCCCAACGUCACACUACUUAUCAGCGACAUUUCUCCCGCAGCUGUCACACGUUUCCAGGAUGAAGCCUCGGAGUAUGGCCCCGUUGAGGUCGUGCAGAAUGGGUUUGAGGCUGCCCAAGACGCGGAUAUGAUCAUUACAAUGCUUCCCAACGCCUCCGCCGUAGAAGGGGUAUACCUUGACCCCAAGACGGGUAUACUCGCGGGCAUGGAAUCCCGAGAUACAAAAGCCGGAACAGCGAGCGUGGUGCUGAUGGAAUGCGGAACGAUUGAAUCGGCUACUAUUCAGAAAGUUGCCCACGUGACGGAGCAACUACAAAAGCAGCUGGGCCAGCUGUCGCUUGACUUUGUUGACGCCCCUGUCUCUGGGGGCCCGAUGGGUGCGCGGGCAGCCUCCCUUACGUUCAUGGUGGGCGCAACAGCUGCCGGGUUUGAGACGGUGGCGCCGGUCCUGGCUCACAUGGGAGACCGCGCGGGCAUUUUCCAUUGCGGCCAGGUUACGGCGGGCACGGCGUUCAAAGUGAUCAAUAACUACCUCUCAGCCAUCACCAGUCUCGCCGCGAGCGAAGCACUCAACAUUGGUGCCAAAAUGGGACUGGACCUCAAGAUGCUGACGGAUGUAAUCAACGUGAGUGGGGGGCAGUGCUGGGUUACGUCGAAAAGCAAUCCAGUCCCUGGCAUCCAUCCGAGCGCCCCUGCCAGCCGUGGAUACGAGGACGGGUUUCGCAUUGAGCUGUGUCGAAAGGUAUUGGCGAUGGGCACCGGAUUGGCACAGGCCGUUGGGGCCCGCACUAUUCUGGAUAAGCCCACGUUGGCUGCAUUUGACGAGGCGGCAAGCGAUCCUCGAUACAAGGGGAAGGAUGCCCGCGUCGUGUAUAAAUGGUUGAAUGAGAGCCCUCAAUAG